GGAGGAACCGUUUCACCGUUUAACUCCGACGCUGUUUACCGGAGAAGCUGCAUCAUCGUUUGAUCUUUCUCGCGGCUCCACGAAGGUGUCGUCAGGGACCUGGAGCGCUGGGAGAGGAAGAAGGAGAAUCUGAGGAGGUUGGAGGAGCAGAAGAUUCUGAGCAGACACCUGAAGGAGGAGAGGGACAGAACUCCGCCCACAGGAGGGGCACUGAGCCAGGUGCAUUCUGGGAACCGGAGGCUCAGUGAUGGACAGCAGCAGUGAGCCGCUGGGGGCGGGUGAGGAUGAGGCGGCGUGUACGUCGGCCUCUGAGGGUCUGGAGGAGGGGGAGGUGGAGGGGGAGACGCUGCUGAUAGUGGAGUCGGAGGAUCAGGGCUCAGUGGAUCUGUCACAUGACCAGAGCGGAGACUCUCUGACCAGUGAUGUGGGCGAGGAGGCCGACAGCAGCUGGGCCUGCGAGGACAUGUCCUUCUACUGCGACCGCUGCCACAAGUGGACGCCUGCAGCUCAGCUCCGCGGCGAACAGCCCAGUUACCUGAAGGGAGACAACUUCUUUAAGUUCAUCUGCUGCGACUGUUCCGAGGACGGGAAGGAGAGUUUCGACAGGAUGAGACUCACCUGGCAGCAGGUGGUGAUGUUGGCCAUGUACAAUCUAUCUCUGGAGGGAACGGGUCGUCAGGGUUACUUCAGGUGGAAGGAGGAUAUCUGUGCUUUCAUUGGUCGACACUGGAACUUCCUGCUGGGAACAAGGAAGAAAACUUCGACGUGGUGGAGCACAGUUGCCGGCUGCCUGUCGGUCGGUAGUCCCACCUUCUUCCGCUCUGGAGCACAGGAGUUUGGUGAACCCGGCUGGUGGAAACUGGUCCAGAACCGACCUCCGACCCUGAGACCAGAGGUGGACAAAUCCACCACUAAGACUAAAGCCUCCAAACCUGUCAUGGACCCGAUCAUCACCGUGGAGGGUCUGAGGAAACGUGGAGCCAGAAACCCUGUGGAAAACGCCAUGCAGCUGAAGGAGAAGCGUUCUCGCACUCAGGAGGCCAAAGACAUCCGACGAGCUCAGAAGGAGGCAGUGGGAGGCUACACCGACCGCAGUGCCUCCUCUACACCCGUCAAACUGAGCGGAGGUCGAGGCGGGAGCACCGGACGCCGGCCCGAUCUCAUCCUGGAGAAAGGUGAGGUCAUUGACUUCUCCUCCCUCAGCUCCUCAGACCGAACACCGCUCACCAGCCCUUCACCAUCACCUUCACUCGACUUCUCCGCCCCGGGGACACCGGCGUCUCAAUCAGCUACACCCAGCCUUUUGUCAGAGGCAGACCUCAUCCCUGAUGCGAUGCCUCCGCAGGCGCUGUUCCAUGACGACGAGGAGAUCGAGGCUGAGGGAAUGAUUGACCCUGGGAUGGAGUACAUUCCUCCUCCAAGUGCCAGUCUUGUUGGCCGUAAGAAGCUCCGCCAAGCACCUCCUCACAUCAAGCGUGAAGCAGACAGCGAGGAGGAUGACGGUCGUGAGCAUGAGGACGACUUUGAGGAGCCGGCGGGACGAGGUGAAGGUCUGUCUCUCUCUGCUGGGGGGUGUGUUGGUGCUGGGGGUCCUGAGCGGCGGAGGAUUACUCAUCCUGACAAAGCAGACGGAUCUGGUGGCAUCUCCCAGAAUCCUCGCUAUGCACCUCUCACUCUUUAUGAAGAGAGGAUGCUGCUGCGCCGGCUGGACGCCUGCCCGCUGGCCUUGGCCGUCACCCCGCAGGCUAAACGCCUUCACAGGAAGCUGUUAAUCCGCCAGGCCAAGAGGCAGAGAGGACUCCCCCUGCUGGACAUCGACCGGGCAGUCAACGCCACUCUCAGCCUGGUGGGAGGGAUUUAUGGUGCCCAGGAGGCGGGGACACUGAUGGGAGGUGGCGUCAUGGGGAAGUAUUGCACCAACAGCCAGGAGCUGCGAAUUCUUGAUCGCUUCCAGACCAACGUCUCCAGCAGACGAGGUGUCCAGCAGCCGUCUGUGUCCUUCUGGCACCGUCUGAUGGGAGCUGAGGGCAGUUUGGACCAGAGCAUCAAGAGUCCGUAUACGUCCCGAAUCCUCAAACCGUUCAUCAGGAGGGAUUACGAGAGUCGUCCGGUGAAGCUCAAGUUGUUGGCAGAGAUCCGAGCCCACCCUCACAGAGCUGAGCCAGACUGGGUCCCGGAGCCCAACGCCCCCAUCGACUACUGCUACGUCCGACCAAACCACAUCCCCUCUGUCAACGCCAUGUGUCACGACAGCUUCUGGCCAGGUGUGGACCUUUCCGAGUGUCUGCAGUACCCGGACUUCAGCGUGGUCGUUCUCUACAAGAAAGUCGUGAUUGGCUUUGGUUUCAUGGUGCCGGAUGUUAAAUACAACGAGGCCUACAUCUCUUUCCUGCAGGUCCACCCUGAGUGGAGAAGAGCUGGCAUCGGCACCUUCAUGAUCUACCACCUCAUCCAGACGUGUAUGGGGAAGGACGUGACGCUACACGUGUCGGCCAGUAAUCCCGCCAUGCUGUUGUAUCAGAAGUUUGGUUUCAAGGCUGAAGAGUACAUCCUGGACUUCUAUGACAAGUACUACCCUGUCGACAGC